CAAGUCAAGGAGACAGCGUCUGUGUACUCGCACUUGGUUAUUUCCCGGCCCCCCGCUGACUCCGGCCCCCCCUCCCUCUCCACACGGCUGACAGAUCUGGGAACAGCUCUGCCCCGCUCAGCAGCGCUUUACCGUGGUGCGCCCCAGACGCGCUCUUCAGUUCAGGAUGGACUCGUCUCCGUCUCCUUCCCCUCACCUUUCCCACUGACUGUCAGUGACGCUGCGCAGCCCGCUGCUGUACUUUGGUGGGAUCUCGGAGUUUUGCGCCAGGAGCUAGAACUGAUUCUCUGUCCGCUCUUUCGCCUUCCCAGAGGGCUUUUUUGGAUUGCAUUACCACUGUUCCGACGGCUUGCUCCGAGAUGGGAAUGUAUAUACAUUUGCUGCUCUUGCAGUCUUUCGUCUCGAGUUUUGUGUGCAACGCCGUCGCUUUCGUGGAGGAGCCCUCCGCUGGCAGGUCGGACGGGUACUGCGGGAGGAUCCUCCGGGCGCAAACCCAGGGGACGCGGAGGGACGGCUACCAUGAGUUCAGACUCAGAGUGGAAGGGGACCCGGAGACCUACACCCCCGGGAGCACCUACAGAGUGAUCCUUUUGGCAUCCAGCCCUGCUUAUUUCAGAGGCUUCACCCUCAUCGCACUGAAGGAGGGCAGAGAGGGCACCACCGACGAACACUACGCCGGGCAGUUCCAGAUCAUCGAUGAGGAGGACACGCAGUUCAUGACCAACUGCCCCCCUGCAGUGACGGAGAGCACGCCUCGCCGACGCACCAGGAUACAGGUCCUCUGGACAGCGCCCCCUAGUGGCAGCGGCUGUGUCAUACUGAAGGCCAGUAUUGUCCAGAAGAGAAUCAUCUAUUUCCAGGAUGAGGGCUCUCUCACCAUUCGCCUCUGCGAGAAAGAGUCUGUGUAUGGUGAAGCUACCAGUAGCCCCGCCUUGGAGUGCUGUGCCUGUGGAACAGCCAAGUACAGACUCACCUUCUAUGGCAACUGGUCUGAGAAAGUACAUCCUAAAGACUACCCAAGACGAGCCAACCACUGGUCGGCUCUGAUCGGCGCGUCCCACUCCAGAAGCUACGUGCUGUGGGAGUACGGAGGUUACGCCAGCGAGGGAGUGCGCCAGGUCGCUGAACUCGGUUCCCCUAUCAAGAUGGAGGAGGAGAUUCGACAGAAGGGAGAUGACGUGCUGACUGUCAUUAAAACUAAGGCUCAGUGGCCGGCGUGGCAGCCACUCAACCUACGAGCAGCACCAUCAGCAGAGUUUUCGGUGGACCGGACGCGGCACCUCAUGUCCUUCCUCACGAUGCUGGGGCCCAGCCCAGACUGGAAUGUGGGCCUGUCGGGAGAGGACCUCUGCACCAAGGAGUGUGGUUGGGUCCAGAGGCUGGAGACGGACCUCAUACCCUGGGACGCCGGCACUGACAGUGGUGUGACGUAUGAGUCUCCCAACAAGCCCACCAACCCUCAAGAGAAGAUCCGACCGUUGACGAGUUUAGACCACCCUCAGAGCCCCUUCUACGACCCCGAGGGAGGGCCAAUAACCCCUGUGGCCCGGGUGCUGGUGGAACGCAUUGCUAGGAAGGGAGAACAGUGUAACGUGGUGCCAGACACAGUGGAUGACAUCGUGGCUGACAUUGGACAGGAGGAGAAGGAGGAAGAUGACACUCCAGAGACGUGCAUCUACUCAGGCUGGUCUCCCUGGUCCGCGUGCAGCAGCGCGACCUGUGACAAAGGCCGCAGGAUGAGGCAGAGAAUGCUGAAGGCCCAGCUGGACCUCAGCGUGCCCUGCCCACACACUCAGGACUUCCAGCCCUGCAUGGGCCCAGGAUGCAGUCUGGAGGAGCCGUCAACUUGCAUGAUGUCAGAGUGGAUCAGCUGGUCCGCUUGCAGUGUCUCCUGCGGGAUGGGCAUGAGGUCUCGGGAGCGUUACGUCAAACAGUAUCCUGAGGACGGCUCCCUCUGCCAGCUCCACACCGAGGAGACAGAGAAGUGUAUAGUCAACGAUGAAUGCUCCCCCAGUAGCUGUGUGGUGACUGAGUGGGGGGAGUGGGACCCCUGCAGUGUCACCUGCGGGUUAGGCAUGAGAAGACGUGAACGCAUGGUGAAGAUGCCUCCCAUAGAUGGAUCUAUGUGUAAAGCUGAGGUGGCUGAAGUGGAUAAAUGUAUGAUGCCAGACUGCCACACCAUACCGUGCAUGCUGUCGCCGUGGUCCGACUGGAGCGAGUGCAGCGUGACGUGCGGGAGGGGCGUCCGAACACGCCAGAGGAUGCUCAAGUCCGACCCUGCAGAGUGCACCGAGGAACUGGAGCAGACGGAGAAGUGCAUGCUGCCCGAAUGUCCCAUCGACUGCAUGGUGUCGGAGUGGUCGGAGUGGUCGGAGUGUAACAAGUCGUGCGGUAAAGGGCACACCAUUCGAACCCGCAUGGUCAAGCUGGAGCCGCAGUUUGGGGGCAGCCCCUGUCCCGAGACCGUCCAGAGGAAGAAGUGCAAGAUCAGGAAGUGCCGGAAAAGCAAAGGAGGAGAGAGGAGGAGGUGGAGGAGGAGGAGGAGGUGGGAAGAGAAGGAGAAGGGGCAAGCAAGGGAGAGAUGCAGCGGUUGCAGGAUGCAGCCGUGGACCAGCUGGACGGACUGUACCAAGCCCUGCGGAGGGGGGAUCCAGGAGCGCUUCAUGUUGGUGAGGAAAAGAGUGAAGAGCCCACCGCUGACCAGCUGCAAGGACAGGAAGGAGAUCCGUGCCUGUAACGUACAUCCCUGCUAGGGGGCACUACUGAGCCAGGGGCACGGGGAGGGAGGGAGGUUAAGUAUACGCUUAUAAGUUUUCAAAACGUGGUUUAUAUGAUGAAGCUGAUGGGGAUGUACUUGAAUAUAAGAGUGGCUGAGGAGUAGAGAAAGAGUCGGUUUGACACCAGGGAGUAGGGAAGAAGGCAUGGAGGAGGAGGCGAAUCGCUUAAGGGAGAGAAAGGAGGGUGGAGAGGAAGGGGUGAGGAGGUGAAGAGAGAAGCCAGGAGAGGAGGACAGGAUGGCAAUGAAGACGAAACCCAGAAGACAUAAACGGACAGGAGGAGAGGAUGAUGUGCUGUCUAGUGAAGCCAUUGUAGACAUUUAGUAGCUGACAGGGCUGACAUAACUAUUGACCAAAAUGGAAGUACUGGAGUAACGUCUGUGUCCUGCAAAAACAUCUGAGUUUCAACAAAAUCAGACCAGUUUACCAUUGACAGACACACAUUUUUUUAACAUUUUACAAUGUAUUUUCAGUUUGAGUCCUGGAAACAUAUAAACUGGUCACCAAAAAUGACAAAUUAUCUAAACUGAAGAUGUAGGAUUUUUUUUCUCUUUUUUCCUUUCUUUUUUUUUUUUUUUUUUUUUUUUGCAAGACACAGAUGAUAACACAGCAAGUUAGGAGUCUUAGACCUAUGGAUGUAUAACUAUUAUCUAACCGACACUUAUAAAAUGACACUACUAGGCCUAUGUAAUUAGUCAGAAACACUUUCUCAAAUACACAGAUAUAAAAGGAGAUGGUUUAUACUGUUAUAAAUUAGUCUUUAUAUACUGUACUGCUGUUUAACUGUUGUUUCAGCUGAUGUAGCACUAAUCUUAUGAUAGCCCUCUCUCACUCUGUCAGAACAUUUCAGCAUGUGUAAAGAUGAUCACUUUUCUUUCGACAUUAUGCUUUCCCCGUCGUAGCUGUCGUCUUUCAACAGACAGAAAAAUGACUACGUAUGCCAUUUGCCGGUUCCUGGAAACACAUACGGAGCCACAGAGGUCCCCUUUUACACAUGUGCUGCAAUAUGUUGUCGGUUUGUAGUUCCACUCGGAAAAGAAAUUGUUUGGGAAACUGCAGGACGGAGCAGCUGAAAAACAGCAAACACGUUCUUGAGGCCUCAGUUACAACCCAUCUUACUCCCAGUGUGGCUCCUCUAAAGUUCUGUCAUUUUCAGGGUGGGGAACUCUGCCAGGAAGAACAACCCUUUUUCAAAAUUCACCAUCUUUUCCUAUGGUUUUGAUGUAGUAACCACAGUUUCACAACGAUUCACAAUGAUUACCAUACUCCUAGUCAUGGUAUUACCACUGUUUUGCCAUGGUAGUUAAAGGCAACCAUAACCUUAGUACUACCAUGUUUUUUAAAAGAUAUUGUAUGGUAAAUAUAAUUAAUUGUUAGUACUACGGUAUAAAAAAUAGUUUCACUUUUUUGCAAUGGAGGAACAGCUAUUAUGGUAGUUAUGGCUAGUGCUGUGUACCAAAAUGCACAUUAUGAUUCACAUUAUACAAGUGCUCAAAAUCACAAAACUAUGAUUUUCCCACCGAGCAACAUAUUAAACAAAUUAAUCAAACUUACAGUAUGUUACAAGAGGUUCGCAUUAUGAAGCAAAACAUAUGUCUAAGUAUAGUUUUUUUAGACUGUAAUAAAGCCUGUAUACUGAGAUUACUGAGAUUACUGAGAUGCUCCUGAGAUUGCAAGUUGAUUUGACAAGUGUUAUCUGCAUUCUGACGACCCACUCGAGUGUUGAGUCAACACUAUAUUUGAUGUCAGUCUUCUGGAUAGAGAGUCCCACCACCCUGAGCGCUGGGAAUAAGGGUAAGCCGGGAAUUUGUUACAGGGGAACAGCAACAAAUAGGCCUUUUCCUACAUCGUAUUUACCACGACACUUCACACCCACCCAGAGUGACUCCACACAAACGAGCACUCUUCCAUGUUACAGAGUAGUGUUUUUAUUUAAUGUAACACUUAUUUGACUGUAAUCAAAUCUUGUGAGUUAAACUAUUCCAACGUAAUUAACAGUAGAGCUUUAUACUAACCCGGUUUGGUAGAGAAAAAUGCUCAUAGGACAAAGAUGAGGCACUCCAAGCUUUAUUGCUUAUCAAGGCGAAAUGUGUUGUUUUUAUUGCAUUGUCAUGAUGAAAGUGAUUUGUAGACAUUACCUGUUUUUUUUUUCUGGGGGAGUGGGGAUUAGGUAGUCAUUUAUCCUGAAAUGCGUUUUUUUCCCUUGUAUUUUGAUAAGUAUGUCAUUUCUGAAGUCCUCUUUAGAUGUUCUCUCCCUCAUGCUUUCUGUUUUAGGCUUAUCUCUCUCUCUAUUUUAUUUCUUUGCUUCUGUAUCACGUGACUAUUUUGUAAUAAACCACCUUUACAAUAAAAGAGUAAAUGUGAAAAACACAA